AUGUCUACCACCAGCAGCAACAACAAGGCCACCACCUGCAUCCACUGCAAAAGGGCCGAGUGCGCUUCGCGCUACAUGACACUAAGCUACAAAUACAACGAGCCAGUGACAGUUCAGCUGUUCGCCGAUGACUUCGGCAGAGUGGUUACUACUAGCGACCUCAAAAUCAACCGAUACGUUGUUACUGGGUUCAAGGCGCAUCCACCAGUGAGACAUGUCUGGCUGGAUAUCUCCGACUCGCCCGCUGACCAUGACCUACGUCUGAAGCUUACGGUUCCGGCUCCUGAGCCCCAUCGUCCGGUCCUUCCUACUGUCCCUUCGAAGUAUGGCUGCGUGGCUGCUCUCGAGGAGGUGAAGAAGGAGAUGGAGAAUAUGAAUGCGGAGGGAGGGUUUGCUGUUGUCAAGGAGAUGGAGGGUGCUGCUCCUGGGGUCAUUUGUUUUAAAUGA